AUGGAGAUCGCGCUGAAAAAACAAAUGACCACGGCCGGCUUUAUCGAACGGUUUUGGGAUAACCUCGUUAAAGUCGGGAAAGAUAAAAUGACUCGAUCGUUUCUCUCGGCGCGCCUCGAUUUAUUAGAACGAUACUGGUCGACCUUUUACGACGCUCAUUACGCGCUCAUGGAUUUUGAAAGGGUGGACGCGUCCGACUAUAUGAAACGGGACCUUUAUUCUACGACCGAGGAACUUUAUAUAAAUAUGAAGGCUCGCAUUACCUCGUACAUUCCACCGGCCAAAUCCACGGAGUCAAAAGAUGACUCGAGUGCGGUAAUGAGGCAAAUCCAAUUGCCGAAAAUAAAUCUGCCGACUUUUAGCGGCGAUCAAUUGGAAUGGGAGGGUUUUCGCGACCUAUUCAAAUCGUUGGUUCAUAACGUGGACGGGCUCGGCGCGACGCAGAAACUCCAGUAUCUGAAGGCAAGCCUCACCGGGGAGGCUGCGGCCGUCGUGGCGAAUAUCGAGGUGUCCUCGGAAGGAUACUCGUCGGCGUGGGAAGAGCUGGAGUCGAGAUACGACAACCGACGGGUGCUACUCGCGACGCACAUGCGAGUUCUCCUCUCGGUUACGCCAGCGGCGAAAUCAUCCGCGACAGAGAUCAAUCGCCUGAUUAGUGUCGUGAAUCAGGCAUCGCGCUCCUUCCGGGCGAUGGGACGCCCGGUGGAACAAUGGGACGACUGGUUCGUCCACAUUCUAGUGGAGAAGCUCGAUUCCGCUACCCGCCUCCAAUGGGAGUCUUCGCGCAAAUCGAGCAGUGACUUUCCAACGUAUGAGGAGCUCAAGGAGUUUCUCCUCACGCGGUCGCGCGCGUUGGACGCCGCCGCGCCGCGACUUUCGACGCAGACGACCUCGAGCAAAUCAAAGCGGAAUGGGCGACGAGACGACGUCUCGUCACACGCAACCUCCACGAACAGCGACGAAAAGGGAUCGCCGUGUCCGCUGUGCAAGGAACGGCAUCCUUUGCGGGCGUGCCCGCGCUUUAAGGGAUAUUCGGUGGAACAGCGCCGAGAGCAGGUGCGUAAGCGGAAAGCAUGCUUUAACUGCCUGGGACAGGGUCACACAGCAGGAGCCUGUCCAUCCUCAUUCCGCUGCCGCCAAUGCAACGAGAGGCAUCACACGUUCCUUCACAUGGCGGGGAACGAUACGACAUCUUCGCAGGAGACUCCUCGAGCUGCAGCAGAAUCCACUGCGCACUCGGAGAGGCCUUCGUCCUCGGAGGAGACUGGACAGGUUGCAGCGCUGUCCAGCUCCACCUCCGGCACAGUUCUCCUCGCGACGGCGCUUGUUCGCCUCAUCGGAGAGUCGGGGAAAGCCCUGACCGUACGAGCGCUACUGGACUCAGCAUCAGAGGCGUCUUUCGUCUCGGAGCGCGUGGCUCAGCAGCUGAGACUGCCGAGACGUCGAGUCAACGUCACGGUCUCAGGCCUGCAAGGCGUCACCACCGGCCAGGCGACUCAUGCGGUGACCUUGAUGGUUGGAGCCGACCGGUCGCCAUCUCUGCGGAUAGCAAUUCCGAGGGCAUUGGUGCUGUCCAGACUCACCACGCUGACACCAGGAAGUCGCGUUGCGAGGCACGAUUGGCCUCAUCUUAAGGGUCUGGAAUUGGCUGAUCCAGAGUUUGAUAAGCCUGCAGCGGUUGACGCCGUGCUGGGAGCCGACGUAUACGGCAUGUUGUUCGACGGCGGCGUGAAGCGCGGCCCCCCAGGACAGCCAACCGCUCACUUGACUGUCUUCGGGUGGGUGCUGAUGGGCCCACUCACCAGGGCAGAUUCAAACAGCAUCGCCACCCAUCACACCAUACUACCACCGGAUCUUCAAGAAGAUCUUCGCCGGUUUUGGGAGCUGGAGGAGGUGUCAACGGAGCCGAUCCAAACCCCCGAGGAGUCAUACUGCGAGCGACUCUUCGCAGAGACACACACACGCGAUGAGGGAGGCCGCUAUAUCGUGCGACUUCCUCGACGGGAGAACCCGCCGACGGGACUUGGAGCCUCUCGUCGGGGGGCUCAACGGAUGCUGCUCAGCACGGAGCGUCGGCUCGAGCGGAUGCCGUCGCUCAAGUCAAAGUACGCAGAGUUUAUGUGUUCUUAUCUGUCGUUAGGGCACAUGGAGUCGGUGCCCAGCGGGGAGAAGGAAGCCUGUAGCUCUUACUAUAUGCCGCAUCACGCAGUAGUAAAGCCGACGGAUCCUGACGGGAGGAUCAGGGUGGUUUUCAACGCCUCGUUCCGGACCACGACUGGCGUUUCCUUGAACGACGUGCUGCUCCCAGGUCCAAAACUGCAGGCGGAUCUCUGGCUCGUUCUCACCCGCUGGCGCCUGCAUCAGUUCGCGUUCACGACGGACAUCGUGAAGAUGUUUCGUCAGAUUUGCGUCCACCGAGACGACAUGGAUCUACAGCGGAUCUUAUGGCGGGCGAACCCAGCUGCGGAGGUACACGACUUUCGCCUCUCUACCGUCACUUACGGUACGGCGUCUGCGCCGUACCUCGCGAUUCGCGUUCUGUUACAGCUGGCGCGAGAUGAAGAAUCACGUUUCCCUCGAGGGGCAGCCGCUAUCAGAUCCAACACGUACGUCGACGACGUACUCGCGGGAGCGAGCUCUUUGGAGGACGCGCUCGAGGUCAAGAGCCAGGUGGUGGGCCUCCUCAAGGCGGGCGGCUUUGAGCUAAGCAAAUGGGCCGGAUCACACGCCGCUCUUUGCCCCGAGGGAGACAAGACUGAGCGCCUUUUCUCAACGGCGGACACCGUCGGCACUCUCGGCGUGCACUGGGCCCCAGCCACCGACCAGCUCACACUGAGAGCAAUUCCGACGCUACACUCGAUCGGAAACCCGACCAAGCGAACCGUGCUCUCAGACGUUGCGAGGCUAUUCGACCCGGCGGGUUGGGCUGCUCCUGUUCUAAUAGGGGCAAAGAUCUUUUUGCAAGAGCUCUGGAUGGCCGGCCUGGAUUGGGACCAACCGCUUCCGCCGACGCUGCAAGAUCGCUGGCUGCGACUAGCGUCUGCCUUACCGGAAUUGGACCGGUUGAGUAUUCCCCGGUGGACGGGAGUCACGGACGCGGACGGCCGUACGAACUUACAGCUGCACGGGUUCUCCGAUGCGUCGGAGAGAGCUUACGCAGCCGUGAUAUAUUUGAGGGGCACUGGGCCGAAUGGCGCUCAUACAACGAGCCUACUUGUCGCCAAGACCAAAGUCGCACCGGUGAAGCCGGUGUCGAUUCCACGACUGGAGCUGUGUGGGGCCCUGCUCACCGCGCGACUAUUACAACGGACGGCCACGGGACUCGGACUCACAAGCGAGCAUCUUUAUGCCUGGACUGAUGCCAGGGUAGUUCUGGCAUGGUUGCGGGCUCACCCCUCCCGCUGGAAGCCGUUCGUGGCCAACCGAGUGGCCGCUGUCCAGGGGAUCGUGCCGGCCGAUCGCUGGCGCCACAUUCCUACGGCGGAGAAUCCGGCAGAUGCUGCCACUAGAGGCAUCUCGCCCAGCGAACUCUCCAGUCUUCGACUAUGGUGGAAGGGCCCCCCUUGGCUGGCGGGUCCAACCGAGUCUUGGCCGAAGGAGGCGCGUAACGACGUCGAGAGCAACGAGGAGCGCCGCUUGCACGCAGCCACGGUGGGACGCGGCGAGAACGAAGAAAACGAACUUCUCGUAAGAUUCUCCUCUCUCGCUAAACUAAUACGCGUUAGCGCGUUCUGUCUUAGGGUCCUCAGACGAGGGGCGCGGACGAGAACGACUCACCUCUCAGCCCAGGAACUGGACGAUUGCCGCCUACGAUGGAUUCGGAUCGUGCAGCGGCAGGACUUCGCGGGCGAGCUCGAGGCCCUCACUCGCGAAGCCCCUUUACCGAGGAAGUCACCGUUGCGGGCACUGCGGCCAUUCCUCGGACUGGAUGGGUUGAUACGGAUAGGCGGACGACUGGAGAACGCGCCGCUGAAUUACGACGAGAAGCACCCGAUCAUCCUGGCGAAGGGGAGUCAUCUCUCGCUUUUGAUGGUGCGUGACGCGCACCACCGUACGCUCCAUGGGGGGCCUCAACUGACGCGGAGCGUCUUGGCCCGUCGGUAUUGGGUGAUUCACGCCAACACGCUCAUUCGCGCCGUAAUCCACCGUUGCGUGCGAUGCGCGCGCUUCCGAACCACAGCGGCACAGCAACAGAUGGGACAGCUGCCGGCCGAUCGUGUGCGGGCUGUGCGCCCGUUCUUGUCCGCAGGAGUGGACUAUGCCGGGCCAAUCCAGCUACGCACCUCGAAGGGACGAGGGCACAAGUCCUACAAGGGCUACAUAUGCCUAUUCGUUUGUAUGGCCACUAAGGCCGUACACUUAGAAGCGGUUUCCGAUCUUUCAACGACAACCUUUUUAGCUGCUUUCAGGCGAUUCGUGGCAAGACGAGGUCGCUGCGCGCAUCUGACGAGCGACAACGGGACGAAUUUCCGGGGUGCGGACCGGGAACUCCGCGAGAUGUUCGGUGCCGCCUCGAAAUUCCACCAGGAGUGCAAGGAGUUGCUGGCGUCCGACGGCACCGAGUGGGGCUUCAUCCCACCUUCGGCUCCACACUUUGGCGGGCUAUGGGAGGCUGGGGUCAAGUCCGCAAAGCACCACCUCCGACGCGUCCUCGGGGAGCAGACCCCGACUUACGAGGAGCUUUCCACACUCCUCUGCCAAAUUGAGGCAUGCCUCAAUUCGAGGCCGCUCUGUCCGCUGAGCGCGGACCCCACGGACUUUGUGGCUCUGACGCCCGGUCACUUCCUCAUCGGGGAGGCUCCGAUCAAUGUACCGGAGCCCUCCACGUUGAGGAUCCCCCCGGGACAGAUAACGAUCAGAUCACGACUGAUCACUAAUAUGCGUGAUCAUUUUUGGCACAGGUGGUCGCAGGAGUACCUGCAGCACCUCCAACAAUUGGGCAAGUGGAGGGAACGCACGGCCAACAUCCAACCCGGCGCCCUCGUGCUGCUGCGAGACAACCUUCUGCCACCUGCCAAAUGGGCGCUCGGACGGGUGCGAGCGGUACAUCCGGGAGCUGAUGGACUGGUCCGCGUGGUGACCGUCGACACGGCCAUCGCCACGUUGAAGCGGCCGAUCGCGAAGAUCUGUCCGCUACCCGGGUCAUCGGACUCAUAG